UAUCAUCUCAUCUCUAAUUCAAAUAAAAAAUAAAAAUACAUAUGGCUACGAUGAAUGUAACAAGAUAUGACGGCGGCGGCGGCGGCGGCGGUGGAGUCGAGAUUUAUGGCAUGUCAAAAGUUGACAAGAUAAUGCUUAAGUUCCGUCCGAUUGCACCCAAACCGGUCUCCGCUGGUUCCGGGUCGGGUACGGAUAACAGCGAGGGGUAUGUGAAAUGUGUAAGAAGCAAAAGGAAGUAUGUAAGGGUUAAAAAGAACACAAAAAAGAGCAAGAAUAAUAACGAUUCUGGUAACAAGAAAAGAAAGGUGACACUCUCUUUAUUACCCCAAACUCCGGCCCGGAAACAAAAAUUUCCAGAUCUGGUUCAAAAUAAUAAUAAUAAUAAUAUUAGUGGUAAGAAAACCAUCACCCAACCACAACCGGUGUGGGUCAGCUUUAACAAUAAUAUUAAUAAUUAUGAGGAUAAUAACGUUGGUCACGGUCACGUGGGAGGUGGGGGUGAUACCAGCGUGAAUCGGCAGGUUAUACUGAGGAAAACUCCUUUUUUACCGCAAGUGGUGUCGUACGUGACGGUGGAAUGCGUGACGGACACGUGGGUGGAUGUUCAAGGGUUAGGGUGUACGGACGAAGAAAGGUUGAUGAAUUUGGAGAAAGACACGUGUCCAGGGUUUAUAUCUGACGGUCAAGAUAGGGUCGUGUGGACAAACAAGGCGUAUAGAGAGAUGGCUGCUGGAAGUAGAGACCAUGACGUGGCGGUUGUAUUGGUUAGAAAAGAUACGUGGAACCAAUCGCCGCCGGUGAUGAUGUAUCCGGCUGCUUUUACUUGUAAGGUAAGGGCUAGUACGUCACCCAUCGCAAACUCUCACGGUCCUAUUUCUCCGACGAUAACGCUGCCGUGUGAUGGUUGGAGGAUGGAACGCGGCGGCUACGCCUGGCGGUUGGACGUUAAGGCUGCUCUUAGUUUGGGCCGGUAAAUUAAUCACCUAUAGCUACCUACUUACUUCAUAUCUAAACAAGCUUGCUGCUAGGCUAUUAACUGUAAUUAUCUUUGUUUCUUUAAUCUUUAGUUAUGAAGAUAUAUUUUCCUUAGAUGGAUCUAUAUAUUUAAGUCGUAGUUUAUUAUCGUACGGUGUACAACUAUAUAUUUACUAGCUAGUAAUAUAUUCAUAGAGCUAA